UACAAAAGAGGCAAGCUCCUACCGCUGGGGUUCAUAGACCCAAACACAGUUCAUGAAGUUACGGUUCGAGACUUCGCCAAGGACACAGAGGACAACAUCGUAAUGUUUUUAGAGAAGCAAGCAGACAAAGAGGAUAUAUUCUUUCCCUACAACUUCAAUUUCCAUUUUAUUCUCCUAAUCAUUGAUCUUCACCUUGGAGUCGUAAACGUCAUGGACUCGAAACGUAAAGAAUAUGCGGAAUGGGCGGACAUGGCUGCCAUCCUCCAGAGGGCUUGGAAACGGUUCAUCAAUACUGUUCCGGGUGAAUGGAAACCGGAGCUUACAUUUAGAGAUUACCCUUGUAUGAGGCAGGAAAAAGGGAAUAACUUAUGUGGAUACUACGUCUGCACCUUCAUGCGUGACAUGUCCUGUCCCAAGGGUGGGGAUCCCCAAAUACACCACACUCGUAUGACACGCCUGCGGGACACUCUCAUAACAGCGGAUCAAAUAAAAGCAAUUCAAGAGGAAAUCGCGGGAUUCUUUAUUACCGAGGUCCUUACCCCAGGUGGAGAGCACUAUCGGAAGAUCGUGACGGCGGAGGAUAUUCGUUCAGGAAAAGUUGUAUUGUAAAUAUGCAUGCAUUACGUGUACUGUGUUGACUAUGUCGUGUACUGUUGACGAUGUCUAUAUAUAUUCAUGACGAUUUUUUGUGGUUUCUUGAAUGAUAUAUAUAUGCAUUGCUGAAACUCUGCCGCGGCAAGG